AUGUCUAAAGAAUCUGUUCAAAACAAUAUUUUAACUUUUGCUGACAAAUCUGGUGCAUUCAAGAGACAAGUUUCUUCAUUCAGAGACUUUGUUAGUCGUGAAGCUAAUGCCAAAUUUAAGCCAGAAGCAGGCCGCUAUCACUUGUACGUUUCCUUGGCAUGUCCAUGGGCACAUCGUACUUUAAUUACCAGAGCAUUGAAAGGAUUAACCUCGAUAAUUGGGUUAUCGAUUGUUCAUUGGCAUAUGGAUGAUAAAGGAUGGAGAUUUAUUAAUGAAGAAGAACAAAAGGCCAAAACCAAUUCAAGUGAUGUAUCCAAUGGUACUGCAGAUCACUUGUAUAAUUUUCUGAGAAUUCGUGAAUUGUAUUUCAAAGCUGAUCCGGAAUACUCUGGUAGAUUUACCGUGCCGGUAUUAUGGGAUAAAAAACUCGAAACUAUUGUAAGUAACGAAUCGAGUGAAAUUAUUAGGAUGUUGAAUACCGAAUUCAAUGACCUCAUUUCAAGUGACUUUGCUGAAAUUGAUUUAUAUCCGGCUGACUUACAAGCAUCAAUUGAUGAAAUCAAUUCUUGGAUUUAUGAUAAUAUUAAUAAUGGGGUUUAUAAAAGUGGGUUUUCUACCAAACAAGAAAUCUACGAAGAAGAGGUUCAAAAUGUCUUUAAGCAUUUAGAUAAAGUUGAAGAAUUACUUGCUGCAAAUCAUAAAUCUUCAAAUCAACAUAAUUUCUUAUUGGGGAAUCAAUUAACUGAAGCUGACAUUAGAUUAUUCACCACCAUCAUUAGAUUUGAUCCGGUUUACCAUCAACAUUUCAAAUGUAACAUUAAGAUGAUUAGACACGAUUAUCCUUACAUUCACAAUUGGGUGCGUUUAUUAUACUGGAAAAUCCCUGGUUUCAACGAAACCACUGAUUUCGAACAUAUCAAGAAACACUAUACUAAAUCUCACAUCAAAAUCAAUCCAAACCAAAUCACCGCUUUGGGUCCGGUUCCACAUAUCUUACCUUUAUAAUCUCGGUUUACUUUGUGUUUUUUUUUUCCUUUAAUCAUUUAUCUAUUCACUAAAUUUGCCUUCUC